GUUCCGUUUGGCCGCACCUGGCCGGGCGAGGAGGAGACAGUUAUGAGAGUGCCGGUGCUGCUGGGGAGCUGUUAGUGCUGUCUCUCUGGGAGAUGGGGAGGCUUGUGGCACUGCCUGGGGUGCUGCUCCUGCUGCUGGGCUACGUCAGUUUGCAGAAUGUGAUAGUGACGCAGAGCCCCGCGCAGGUGAAUACUGGCUCCGCAUUUGUCAACCUGACUUGCAGUGCGUCGGAGGGGCAAGGAAAUGUGAGCUGGAUGUGGACCAAGAAAGAUUUCAGUACAUACAACAUCAGCUUUUUGGAUGGAAAUAAAACUCUUCAGAUUAACUUUCCCAACAAGACGCACAAUGGGAGUUACUUGUGCUUUAUGGACAAUGGAGCUAAUAUUAGGUGGAGCAACCACUUACUCUACGUUUAUUACAAAGUGGAGAAUGUGGUGGUAUCUACGUCUUCUAGGAAUGUGGUUGAGGGUUCAACUUCAUCUCUCAACCUGACCUGUAAUGCAUCCGCGCCGUGGGAAGGAACCAUGACUUGGCUGUGGGAGGGGAAUCCGGUGAACACUGUGAAUACCUCUUACAGCUUGUUGGAUGACAAUGCAACUUUGCAGAUAAAUCAGCCCAGCAGGUCAAAUGAUGGAAAUUACACAUGUGUUAUAGCCAACCCAGCCAGCAGGGGGAGGGGAGAAUUUACACUCAGAGUUUCCACACAACUGAGUGCUGGGGCCAUAGCUGGCAUUGUCAUUGGUUCAGUGCUGGGAGCUCUGCUGCUCAUUGGUCUCAUCGUGCUGAUUGUAUGCUGCAUACGGAAGAAGAAAGGUCAAAAAGAAAAGACUCCAUCAGGGCCAAAGCAUAAGGAUGUUCUCAGCACAGUGUCAGGUCCGGAGAAAUACAAUGCACAGAACCGGCCAAACGGAGGCCGCGCUACGUGGGAAAGUACUCAGGCUUCUGGCGGUCUGGGUCACGAGACAAACAGCACCCCAGUAGCACCCCAGAAAGGAAAGCAUGGCACACUGGUCUGAGGUGACUUCCCAGGGGAUGGCUGGCCUUCAUAGAGUUUAAAGGGGCGGCCCUCCAAUGGAUUUUAAUGGCCCCCAGUCUGCUCAAAGGUUCCAUAAACUUCACUCUAUGACAUCAUUUUUUUCAUUAAUCCCUUGAAUGCGCUACAUGGGAAAUAAUCAUCCCACUACAUGUAAUAAGUUGGACAGUAAUAUCUUAGAAUAUCACUCUGCAUCAUGCUAAAAGUUAAAUUAAAGGUGAAUAACCCCUGUAAGUUUCCCCUUUCCAACGGGAAGUCAUAUUUUGUUAUUUCUUCGGCCACUGCUGAAAUCUUUAGAACAGCUCACCAGGCAUAUCCCCAGAAUAUAUGCACAAUCUGCAGGGCUGUCAUACGGUCCCAGGAGCCGACUUGCCUUUCCCAGGAGCCUUGUAUUAUAAGGGAUAAUGUACCCCCUACUGUAAAUGAUA